AUGACAGCAAAUGACAGCACUGUCCGCUCCUGCAGAAGCCAGUGCGAGACUGCUAGUCGCUAACAAACAAUUCUUUUGACUCGAGAAAUCUUCGGCUCGGCGGUGUUUGGAGACGACGUGAACGGCCAGUAAACGUCAGUUACGUUGGUCAUUUCCCUCUCUGCCUGUCUAAGUUGGUGAAGAUGGUGAAGCCAGACAUCCACACUCUGGCCCACCACCUGAAGCAGGAACGGCUGUAUGUGGCAUCAGAGAAACAGCUAAUCCAGAGGCUCAACUGUGAUGUGCUGAAGACAGCUGAGAGGCUGUUCCGGGCAGCAUGGAUCGCCAAGCAGCAGAGGAUCAACCUGGAUCGUCUCAUUCUCACCAGUGCGGAGGCCUCACCUGCUGAGUGCUGCCAACAUGCCAAAAUGCUGGAAGACACACAAUUUGUGGAUGGCUACAAGACACUGGGCUUCCAGGAGACGAUCUAUGGCGAGUUUUUGGCCCGGCUGAGAGAGAACCCCAGACUGGUGGCUUCCUGUCUGGUGGCAGGGGAGAGGCUGAACCAGGAGCACACCCAGGGGGUCAUCCAUAACGUCUUUACCUCACUUUAUGGCAACUGUAUUAUGCAGGAGGACGAGAGCUAUUUGCUCCAGGUGUUGCGGUACUUGGUAGAGUUUGAAUUGAAGGAGAGCGAUAACCCACGGCGCCUGCUGCGGCGGGGGACCUGUGCCUUCAGCAUUCUUUUUAAACUCUUCUCAGAGGGCCUAUACUCAGCCAAGCUCUUCCUCACAGCCACCCUCCAUGAGCCCAUUAUGCAGCUGCUAGUUGAAGAUGAAGAUCACCUGGAGACAGACCCGGCCAAGGUUACAGAGCGCCUCACUCCAGCCCAGCAGGAACGCUUUGGCGAGAAGGGCUCUGAGGGCUACAAACAAAGGGUGCAGGCAGCUGUGGAGGCAAAUGAAGCAAAGCUGGUAGCUCUGGUCAACAAGUUUAUUGGUUACUUGAAGCAGAACACCUACUGCUUCCCACACAGCCUGCGCUGGAUUGUGUCCCAGAUGUACAAGACGUUGUCAUGUGUGGAGCGUCUUGAAGUGGGCGAGGUGCGAACCAUGUGCACGGACCUGCUGUUGACAUGCUUCAUCUGUCCAGCUGUUGUCAACCCGGAACAAUAUGGUAUCAUCUCUGACGCCCCCAUCAAUGAAGUUGCCCGCUUCAAUCUGAUGCAGGUGGGGCAGCUUUUGCAGCAGUUGGCCAUGGCCGAUGAUGACGCAGACCCAAGGCGGAAAAGCAGUUUGUCGAAAUUUGACAAGAGUUGCGUUGCUGCAUUUCUGGAUGUGGUAAUUGGGGGAAGAGCAGUUGAGACCCCACCCAUGUCCUCAAUGAACCUUCUCGAAGGCCUCAGCAGGACUGCCGUCUAUAUUACCCAUAACCAUCUUCUAGCUCUGGUGGACUUUGUGCGUGGUGUGACAGCAGGAGACCACCUCCGGGAGGAGGAGCACAUGGCCCUGGAGAAUCUGCUGGCCAAUGUGCCCCAGUCUCGAACUGUGAAGAGCAACAGUUUGGAGCUCACACCCUCCAACACCCCCCAGCUCUCCCCGGCCACCACUCCUGCCAACAAGAAGAACAGACUCCCCAUAGGACAACACUUAGCUGCCAUAACAUCCUGGGACCCCACAACCACCACACUGUCUGCCCACAUUCCAUUAGUAACCCCUUUUGCAGCUGCUCGUAGCCGCAGCCGUACCAACAUAGCCCAGGAGGGGGAGGCAGAGGCCAGCUCCCAAGAGUCUUUACAGGAGCUGGAGGCAGAGGAGGUGCUUGUGAUUUCACUCGGGACUGGUCCUCAGAAUGUCCCUGGGAUGAUGUCAGAGAAUGAGGUUUUGAACCUCCAGCUGACCGAUGGGGCACAGGGUGAAGGCCAGGCUGAUGAUACCAAACUGCAUGGCAAACCGGACAAAACCUUGCGCUUUUCCCUCUGCAGUGACAACCUGGAAGGAAUCUCAGAGGGUCCAUCCAAUCGUUCCAACUCUGUGUCAUCUCUGGACCUGGAGGGAGAGUCUGUUUCUGAGCUCGGAGCUGGACCAUCAGGGAGCAAUGGAGUGGAGGCUCUACAGCUUUUGGAACAUGAACAGGCCACCACCCAGGACAACCUGGAUGACAAACUCCGCAAGUUUGAAAUCCGGGACAUGAUGGGUCUGACCGACGAUCGCGACAUCUCUGAGACGGUCAGUGAAACCUGGAGCACCGAUGUGCUCGGUAGCGACUUUGACCCAAACAUGGAUGAGGAUCGGCUGCAGGAAAUAGCAGGGGCGGCUGCAGAGAACAUGCUUGGCAGUUUGCUGUGUCUUCCUGGCUCGGGUUCAGUGCUGCUGGAUCCCUAUGGCUCCACUAUCUCCGAGACCACAAGCGAGGCCUGGAGUGUGGAGGUCCUGCCCAGUGACUCGGAGGCUGCAGACCUGAAGCAGGAGGAGCGACUGCAGGAGCUGGAGAGCUGCUCAGGUGUUGGCAGCACCUCGGAUGAGACAGAGGUCAGAGAGGUCAGCUCAAGACCCAGCACACCAGGCCUCAGUGUUGUUUCAGGUAUCAGCGCAACCUCAGAAGACAUCCCCAACAAGACCGAGGACCUGCGGUCAGAGUGCAGCUCAGAUUUCGGUGGAAAGGACUCAGUGACCAGUCCAGAUGGGGAGGAGUCAGGCCACGGAGCACACCAUCUGACAUCUCCACCCUCACAGGCAGAUUCCUUACUGGCCAUGUUCGAUCCCCUCUCCUCUGGUGAAGGAACUGGAACAAUAGUGCGGCCUAAAGUGCAUUAUGCCAGGCCCUCUCACCCUCCACCUGACCCUCCCAUCCCUGAAGCCAGUGCCCUGGGGCAAGAGACACGCCACUCUCUCUUCAUGCCCCACUGCUUGGCCCAGGCUGAGCUGGAGCACACCAAGCAGCGCCACUCCUUCCCUGACAGGCUGGUCCGCAGCCGCAGCUCUGAUAUUGUGUGUCCAGGCCGCAGGCCCACAAGUGAUCCUGGCCUAAACCGACGUGUAGCAGUUGAAGAUCGCGACCCCGCCGGGUCCUUUGCCUUAGGACCUUCCUCGUCCCCCAGCAAGGAUUCCCUGAAAGGAGAGGCCGAGGACAGGAAAGACAGUGACGACGAGAAGUCUGAUCGCAACAGACCGUGGUGGAAGAAACGCUUUGUGUCGGCCAUUCCCAAAGUGCUGUAUUGGACGGCUGAGAGUGACGUCCCAGCGCCAAUAGCAGCAUUCAGGAAGAGGGACAAACAAGAGAGGGAUGACAUUGCCCAGGAGCGUGUUCCGCAAGAUGACCCACUGCCCAGACAUAGCACACAAGCACAGGCAGCCGAAGACAUUUUGGACAAGUACAGGAACAUCAAGAGGCCCAGCCCGAGUGAUGGAGCUGCAGGUGGAGCUUCCUAUGAUGGUGCUGGAGAUCUUUGUGUUGAAGACAACUUGCACGACUCUCCAAGAGAAGAUACUCUGCAGAACAUUUCCACGGACGACCUCCCAGACUCGGCCAGCCAGACGGCACAGCAGCACGGCUCAAAGUUCUCUUUCAGCGAUGCGAAGAAGAAGUUGAGGUUGGCAUUGUGUUCCGCAGACUCUGUGGCUCUGCCCAUCAUGGCCCCUGUAACCACACGAAAUGGGCUCCCUGACCACAUGGAUCCUGAAGACAACGAAAUCGUCUGCUUCCUGAAGGUCCAGCUCGCAGAAGCCAUCAACCUCCAGGAUAAGAACCAGAUGGCCCAGAUCCAGGAGACCACGCGCUGCGUCGGCCGCUUCGACGCACGCACCUGCAGGAAGCUGCUGGCUGCCAUUGCAGAGGAUUACAGAAAGCGGGCACCGUAUAUAGCUUAUCUAACCCGGUGUCGUCAGGGCCUGCAGACGUCUCAGGCACAUCUGGAGAGGCUCCUGCAGAGGGUGCUGAGAGACAAGGAGGUCGCAAACCGCUACUUCACCACCGUCUGUGUCCGGCUCCUUCUUGAACACAUGGAAUGCAAGAUGCUUGACUUUAUUAAGGCGUUCCAGGGGUGCACGGCGUCAGACGACAAGACGGCAGCAGUGGAGGAUUUUCUGCGCUACUUGUACGGUGCUAUGGCCCGUGAUGCCAUUUGGCAGUAUGCAAGCGAGGACCAGCUGCAGGACGCCCAGAUGGCUAUCGAGCGCAGCGUGAUGAACCGCAUCUUCAAACUGGCCUUCUACCCCAACCAGGAUGGAGAUAUUCUCAGAGACCAGCUUUUCCACGAACACAUCCAGAGGCUCUCAAAGGUGGUGACAGCCACUCAUAAAGCACUUCAAAUCCCAGAGGUUUACUUGAAGGAGGCUCCGUGGCCCUCAGCUCAGGGUGAGAUCCGGACCAUCAACGCGUACAAGACUCCACGGGACAAAGUCCAGUGUAUUCUGCGCAUGUGUUCCACCAUCAUGAACCUCCUCAGUUUGGCCAACGAGGACUCCGUCCCCGGAGCGGACGACUUUGUCCCCGUGCUCGUCUUUGUCCUCAUCAGGGCAAACCCGCCCUGCCUGCUGUCCACCGUUCAGUACAUCAAUAAUUUCUACGCCAGCCGGCUGAGUGGGGAGGAGUGCUAUUGGUGGAUGCAGUUCACCGCGGCGCUGGAAUUCAUUAAGACCAUCGACGAUCGCAAGUGAAGCAGAACCAGCCACCUGUAUGGGCAGACUGUGGGGGAAGGAGCCGGGAGACUUCCCCACCAACUGCUCCCUCUGCACAGUUUAGAAAACCUGGCCCUCAGCCUGCUCUGUAUUUGUAUAGCUUGUACAUAGCCAGAGACACUGAAAGAUUACAAAAUAUAUAUUACUGUAUGUAUCUAUGUGGACAAAUUCAGGUUUUAGCCGUGGUGGAAAAAAAAAAAUGGCCUUGGGGAAAAAAAAAAUGGGCAAAACUUUGAACCUGAUUUAGAUUUUUUUUUUUUUUUGUCCUUUUAUCUUUGUCUUCUCAGUCAUGUUUCUUUUUUGGGGUCUGUAUUAGGGAUUUUAUACACACACACACACACAGAGAUACUAAUAUGACAUUAAAUCAACACAAAAGAUAAUCCUAUAUAAAGGGACCAGACUUUCUUGAUGUGAUCACUGAUCUUUUUAUCCCCCCAGAUUCAGAGGGAAGGGCUUCCAAUUAAAUUACAAUAUAAUGUUCAUUAAAUGCAUUGUAACAUGGGAAUUUACAGUGUGUGACAAGUUACUGACGGCAUUGCGUGACUUCAUAAACACUGACGUCCAUUUACUACUCGGAACGUUAGUGUGUCAGCGGUAGGGCAGCUUAUUUCAUUAACUUCCUCUUAUUCCCCCCCCAAAAAAGGGCCCACAUAUUUAUAUGAAAUAAAAAAAAAUGUAUUUAUUUCUGUAACUCUAUUUAAAUGCUUUGUUUAUCUGAUUUUAAAGAAAUUGCACAUCGUGGCCAUUUAAAAUGUCCGAGGCAGGAGUUUGAGAUGGGAAGGCACCUUAGCAGUGAGGGAAUGCUGGGAGAUUAGAGCACAGGGUGGAGUUAUUGAAUUCUUCUGGGUUUUUUUUUUUUGGUUUUUAAACUCGGCAUAGGCAUUACCGCUAACCACACACACACAGAAACAUGCUCUAACGUCUCCUUUGUCCAGCGUUAAAUUACUGCAUCACUGAUCGUCAUGGCUCAGUCCCUCUUUAAUACACUUGAAUUCAAACAGCUAUUCCCCUCGGUGUGCUGGAUCCUACCUCGUAGUGAUGUUGCACCUGCACAGAUGAUCUGGUUGACGACAGAGCCUUGGAUCAUUUUUGCACUGUUAAAAAAACAAAAAACAAAAAAACAAACCGCGAGGGAUUGGAAGGAGAAGUUUGAUAUUGACCUGCUGUGAUUCCCGUCGUCGUCACCCUUGAUUAACAAAAGCCUUUUGUAGUGAGCUGUUAUAGUUUCUAAUUUUUAGAAUAUAAUAACCUUCAAUCUAAGAUGUUACAUGUGUCCAAGGGCAGACUAGUAAACUAUUGGAUCUUAGCUCUACCUCCUCUAGAAGUUCGAGAAAGGGAUUCUUGUUUAUGUGCACUUAUUUGUUUCUUUUCUCCAAUUUGCCGAGCUGUAAUAUCCCAGUUGUUGUUAUUGUAUCUUUCCAAUUAUAGAAACUAGCAUGUCUUUAAUUAUGCAGAAAUGACUAAAUCUUUUUUUCCCCCUCUCUCUCGAAAUCAUCCGCUUCACUUUUGCUCAAAGACGCGUGUUUCUAGUUUUCAAAUAAUCCGCUUUCUUUUCGUGUUUAAACGAGGAGCAAGUAAUCCACACUGUUGACUCGUGAUUACUGACUUGCAGUUUAUGCCAAAAUGGAUGGUGUAGUCACAUGUGUGUGUGUGUGGGGGGGAUGACUGCGUGAUCGGUGGACCCUCUGCCUCCUGUUGCAUGAAGUCACUGAAUGGUCUGUACAUUCUCAAAUAGGAUAAACAGUGGAAUAGGAUUAGUAUCUGCCACAGGCCCCUUGUAAUUGAACGUGCGGGAGGAUGCAAAGCUCCUCUCUGUGUCUCUGUUAUACUUGCAUAUCAGUACUUGAUUUAUUUUGCACAAAGCAGGUGUCUCUUUGUCUGGAGCAGUGAGUUUUUAAAACGGGGAACAUUAAUGUGAUUGAAAUAAGAAGUUGACGCACCUGACCGUCACUUUCUCACGCUGACGGUUCGCGGGCUGCACGUGCAGCAGAUUCAUAUUUGCAGUCCACGUCCUCAUCAAUCUGAUGAGAAAACCAUGCACUGGAAAAUCAAGUUGCAGGUUGCAUCUAUACUAAUUAAGUCUGUGUGAUGUCACUUUAAUUGGAAAUGCACACUGCUCAAAUCGGAUGAAAUUAUUUGGACCUGGCUUAUGUUUCAGUGCUUGCCUCACACACACACACACACACACACGUCUGUGAUAGCCUCUGUAUGUAUGCAAGCGACUGUGCCGGUGACCCAAGAGUUGCUUCCUUCAAAGCUUUACUGCUCUGCGCCCCCCCCCCCCCCCCCGUACAGUUAAGUUCACAAGUUUGAGCAGAGGGUGGGGAAAAAAAAAACCCCAACAACAAAUAAUAGUUUUACAUCUUACAUCUAAUUUUACAUUUAAUUGUAAGCUUGCACAAUUAUGACAUGCGGGGGAAAAAACGCCGGUUUGUCUUUACUGUGAUUAAUGCAUUAUGUAAUUCUUAAAAACAAUAAAAGAAGCUGAACUUUU